AACAUAACCACUAAUCGACAAUCGUCAUUUCGAUGUAACAAAGUGCGGUCGUGUCUCGCAGGGCUCAUUGUAGUUCGCACGAAAGCCCUUAUUAGUGCCAAUUCAAAUGUAGUCCCUUCUGUGCGUCCUACGUUAAAGGCCACCUGAAAAUCAAGAGCAAAAUCGAUGCAAACAUCAGUAGCGGUCUAAAUCAGUCGAUCAACCAUAUAGACCGCUGUCGCCAGGUCCAUCCCGAUGGGUUGAGAACGCCGACAUUCUGUGUUUGUGGGCACACCACUGACGCUGGUUGACAGAUACAAGUUUUAAAUAAGGUGCGAAGAUACACCAAAGCGUUCGAACAUCCUCCAAUGCCGACGCCAGACGCAAUCGGAGAGCUAAUAACACCGUGAACACCGGGCGAAACAACAUCUUUGAUGAUCGCUCUUCCAUUGGAAAAAGUCAUCUACUCGCACUGUCACUUCAUUAUUAUUAAAUUCCUAAACAUCUUCUUCAUAUUAUAAUUUAAUUCGCUACUUUGUAUAAAUAAGAAAGCAAAAUGAGCAAAAUAUUAAAAGUAGUCGGCGCAUCUUGGAUGCAAACCAAAAUAAGCUCCUACAUCUUGGGUUUUCUUGGAGUCCUUGCAAUCUUGGCGCUCUUCGUUGGACAAAUAGAAAGAAUUCAGGAAGACGGAAACUACGCAGCAACUGUGUUCUAUUCAGAGAAAACCGGAUAUCGCAUUGAGUACUGGGGUCAAAGCAACGAUCUAAAGGAUAUCGCAAAAGGAGUGGCUCGAGCGUACUUCAAAGAAGGCAUAGAAACUACCGGAUGGUCGCUCCUUGAAAUAGAAACCGAUGGUUCAUAUCCUGACGAAAUACAAGCAUACGCCGCGGGAAUCGUAGAAGGUGCACUAACUUGGUACCUGAUUCAUACGCAUUUGGAAAACACCAUCCGAGCGAAAUGCGAAGACCAGCCCCUGGAGAAGCAAUGCGACAAACUUAGAGAUGCAUUAGAUAAGUCUGUUAACAUCUGGAAGACUUACGCUGCCGAUCGAGCAGCUACUGACCCAUUUUGGCAUCAUGUUUCGUUACAUUACACUCAAAUCGGAGGAAUAUACACAGGAUGGAAUCAUGGGGUAGUCCGCAGCAAUAAUGAAUACGAAACUGACAUAUCCGAUCUGUACUGGUUAAACUCAGUAGCGGAAGUUGUUGAAAUACAGCACAAAUUGAACAUCUCCGUGGAAGAGCCAGAAUUUAGCACUAUGCCAGGAUUAUCGAGCGCUUUCUUGAGGAUCGCGAACGAAACAUUUGAAGGUGGAAAGGAUAUAAAGAAGCUGUUCUUGGCGCAGAGCGUGGCUGGAAGCUACUCAUCAAUGACGCGAAUCAUAAAGAGAUACAAACUAAACUAUCAUCGAACAUCAAAAGAUACAGUUUCCGCGCCAGGAGCUUCAGUGGAGUUCGCCGGUUACCCAGGAUCGAUCACAAGCCAAGACGAAUUCUAUAAAGUGAGAGGAGAGAACCACCGACUAGCAAUAACCGGAACCGCACUAAGGAAUUAUAAUGAGAAACUGUGGAAGAAUGUCAAUAUAACUGAACAGGUUCCACUCGGGCCCCGUAUCACAGCAGCCAACCAUCUCGCAUCCAACGUCAGCAGCUGGGGCCACAUCAUCGCUAGCAACAACUCUGGAACGGGCUGCAAACAGUGGCUGGUUGUUGAUUAUAACAAGUUCAACCAAAUCUUGCAUUCCGGCGAAGUUGUCUCACAUAAGACAGAGAAGAAGGAAAUUGUUACGGAGAGCAUGGUUAAUAAUGAUAUAAAGCACACGAUAGUCCACCGAGCCGGCAGCGGCCGGGCAAAAGGUCUCCUCUGGCUGAUAGAGCAAGUCCCUGGUAGAACGCAUUCGGCCGAUAUCUCUGACGCAUUCCUGGAGAAGAAAUACUGGGCUACUUACGGUCUACCGUUCUUUGUUGAUAUAGCCAAUGUAACACAUGUCACAAAAAUGGAAGCCACAUACGGAAAAAUAUUCUCCGAGUCCGAAUCACCUCGAGCAGUUAUUUUUCAAAGAGGACACAAGAACGCAACAACUAUGAAGAGUAUAAUCCAAUUGAUGAGGUCGAACAACUUGACUGCAGUUAAUCGAUCUAAUGAUAACGACUGCAUAGAUGGCGAAAACUGUUACAUACAAAAAGCGGAAUAUUGGUCUGCUCUAGGAUACCGAGGAGAUAUUGUCCAAAAACAUAAACGGGCAUAUGGAAUUAUUGACACUAAAAUUAUUAGGGGCUCUACUGUCGAUGAAUCAUUAGAUUUCGUGGCGAUAUCCAGUCCACCGUUCACAGAACCUGCAAAAAAGAACAUCACUAAAGUAAAUAAAGGAAACGUAGCCUCCAUAUACACAGAUCAAUUUGAUGACGUGCCAAUGAUAAACGGUCUUGAAAUAAGGGAUCUAGUGAAACACCAGCAGGAAGAAGCUGAGAAGGAAUCAUUAGAAUUACUGAAUAAAGAUGUAAUCCAGCCGUUCCAAUGGUCCGAAAGUUCGUUUAAGGAAGAAGCACAUGAAGGUCUUCCAGACCUAUGGAAUUUUGGUCCUUUUAGGCCACAUUGGUCUUGGUAAUCACUAAUUAAAUAGUCAGAAAAUCAGUAAGAUUGCAAUUUAAUCACAAUAUUUUAACUUGGAAUAUAACAACACGACAAUUUUUAGCCCACAAUCUUUGAUCCCAUCUAAGGUAUCUGACGAUAUUAACAAUGUACUUAGAUUACCACUGUAGUGGUAAAAAAUUAAAACAUUUAACGCAGUUUUCAAAACAGUUACAUAAACAUUGUGUACUCAUUGCUUUGUAUAUCUUAAAAGUUCCGAAAUAAUUAUUACUUAAUUUAUUUAUAGCUAAAUAAUAAAAUAAAUGUCCGUCCCUAAUUUUGAUGUGUGUACUUUCGAUAAGGCUCGUAUUUCAUUGCAAAAAAUACAUAAUAAAUAAUUGUUCUAUAACAUAAAGACCGACAAAAAAAACAUGUUAACUUACGUAGUAGGUAGGUACUUAAUUUAUUAUAAUAUAAUAAUAUAAAUAAUUUUAAUUUGGAUGCAAUAAUUAUAAACUAAGAUUUGGUGCUUAUUUCAACGAGUGAAUAUGGGCAUAAUAAAAUAUUAAGUGAGCGAAUAAAUGAAUAAAUAUUGCUUCAGAUUUUACUCUCUUUCGCUUUUUUGCUCACUUAGUAGGUAUUUAAUUCGCCCUAUCAGUAUUCGGCCCCUUUAAUUUUUUUUUGUGCAGUAUGUUUUUAAUUGUUAUCAGUUCCGAUGAAUCAUUUCCAACUUUUAGUAGAUAAUUUUUGAUUAGUUUUCCUCAAGAAUAAUCGCCACUAGUUUAGUUAAUUUUUCGCAAACAACAUUUCAUGCUUGGCUAAGCAUUACAGUAGGUACCUAUCUCUUAAUUAAAUAUACUAUAUAAUUAUUAUUCGCUCGAUUUAUAAUAUCACCUUAUUUAUUCUCUUUUUGUUUGUAUUGUCCUUAAAUUGAUUUUAGUCCUUUUAAUUAAGAUUGACCCGAUUUAUAAAACAUUGACUACGUUUUAUGUUUCUAGAAAUAAUUUAACAAAUAAAAAACGUAAAAUACAAAAAAAAUCUAGACGUUGCCUCCUUAGCAGAUUUUUGUGUUUAUGAAUAUUCAAAAUAUAUAUAUAUGUUUAGAAAUAAACAGUACCUGUAUUUUUUUAAUAGAUCUUAAACAACGACUACGUAAAAUAUAGCUAAUAAUAUGUAGUAAAAAUGAAGUGACUGAUGUAAGUACUUAAAGAAGAAACAUUUCGAUUUUGCUCUCGAAAAUAAACGUUUCAUCUGUUA